AUGGUGGAGGACCGGAGCCCCAAGCCCAUCCAUGGCAAAGCGGCGGUAUGCAGAGCCGCCGGCGAGCCGCUCACCAUCGAGGACAUCGUCGUCGAUCCGCCCAAAGCGCACGAGAUCCGCAUCAGGGUCACCUGCACCUCACUCUGCCACACAGAUGUCACCUUCUGGAAAGCUAAAGGUGGCACCUGGCAUUUCCAAGAAUAUCAGGACACGAAGCGUAUACGGUGCGACCACUGCGGCAGCUGCACGUCGGAGCACAGCAACCUGUGCGACUCGGUGCCGUUCAUCAUCGGGCCCGGGAUGCGGCGCGACGGCACCACCCGGUUCUGGGACGCGCAGGGGAGCCCGCUGCACGACCUCCUCGCCGUGUCCAGCUUCAGCGAGUACACCGUCGUGGACGUGAACCAGGUCGUGAAGCUCGACCCCGCCGUGCCACCCAAGCUCGCCUGCCUCCUCAGCUGCGGCGCCGGGACCGGGGUAGGAGCAGCGUGGAGGCCGGCCAAGGUGGAGCCGGGCUCGGCUGUUGCUGUCUUUGGGCUUGGAUCUGUCGGUUUGGCGGUGGUCCAAGGCGCGAAAAUGUGUGGAGCAUCCAAGAUUAUCGGUGUUGAUCUCAACCCUGACAAGGAGGAAGUAGGGAGAUCGUUUGGCGUGACAGACUUCGUCAAUCCAUCGCAACUAGACAACCGUUCCGUCAUAGAGGUGAUCGUUGAGAUGACCGGCGGCGGCGUCGACUACAGCUUCGAGUGCAUCGGCGUGCCGUCGGUGAUGACCGACGCCUUCAGAUGCACCAAGAUGGGAAAGGGCAAGACGGUCGUGCUGGGAUUGGGAAGGGACAGCGACCAGGUGUGCCUGCCGUCGCUGGAGCUGCUGUUCGGCAGGUGCGUCAUGGGGUCGCUCUUCGGCGGGAUCAAGCCCAAGACCGACAUCCCCAUCCUCGCCAAGAAAUGCAUGGACAAGGAGCUGCAGCUGGACGCGCUGGUCACGCAUGAGCUUGGACUGCAGGAGAUCAACACGGCCUUCGACCUGCUCCUGCAGGGGAAAUGUCUGCGCUGCAUCAUCCGGAUGGACAAGGACAAGUGA